CUUGUUCACAGCUGCACUGUUGAAGAUGGGCAGGGCGAAAAACGAUCCAUUAUCGAUGAAAGCGGGUGUCACACCGAUCGACAACUGAUCGGAGAUCCGACAUAUGCAGAAGCGUUAAAUAUGGCUUAUCGCGAAUCCUACGUAUUCAAAUUUGCCGACAGAAGUGUUCUACGAUUUAAAUGCGGAAUACGUCUCUGUUCGAAAGAUGAUGGGGGUUGCGACGGUGUCACGCCACCCAUAUGCCUCAACGAGACGCGUAUUCAAAAUGUUGAUGAUAUGAACGAACAAACGGGCAAGAAAUGGAGGCAUCGUCGUACAAUAAAUUCUUUUUCUGGGAAAGAGGUGGAUUUGUUGUCACAACAACUUUAUAUCCUUGACAACGGAAGAGAAGAGUUGGAGCAACUGAAUCAGAUCAGCGAAGGUCAGUUGCAUAUAAUGAUGAUAUGGGAAAGAUAA